ACUAAAAGUUUAUUUCGCGACGAGAACCACGACGACGACGACGUUUACAAUCGUAUCCGUCGGUAUAUAAAGAAAAAAAUAAAAAAACGAUCGUCAAAAUUCUAAUUUCUCCAAAUACCUAGAUUUGCAUAUAUCUAAACGGUCGUAUAAACCCGCUUUCAAACUAACAACUAUUCCUUUUUUUUCGACAAAAGAUCCCAUUUUUUUUAAACUUAACUGGAGAAAGUGAAAUCAAAGUGAUUUAUAAAUUUAAACAAAAUAAAAGUCAUUUUUGUCAAAUUUAAAAAGAAAUAAAAUCAAACUUUUUUUUUCUUGGACUUAAAUGCAAAUUAUAUAUGUGUCGACUGUGCGUGACUGAACUUUUAGACCAAUUUAAACUUUCCAUCACCUUUUUUGCUCUAUAAUUAAAAACCAAAACAAAUAUAUCAAAAAAUUAAUUAAAAAUGUGCCAACAGCAACAAAACGAUAUGAAUUCACAAAUUGAAAUUUUUCUUGAAAACGGUAUGCCGCGCAAAUUUGGAAAAUCUGUUGCGAAAACUCUUAAAAAAAGAGCUGCUGCGGCUGCUGCAAAAAAUAACAACAACAACAAAAACAGAACUAACUGCACAAACUGUCCCAAUUGUAGUGGAUGCAUAAAUCCCAACAAUGAUUUCCUAAAUAAUCCUUGCGUCUGCAGUUAUAGCAGCACAAGUGGUAAUAGCAGUGCCGCCGAGGAUGACUCCUCUUCGCCUCUAACCGAUGAUGAGAUUUUAAAUAAAUUAAUUCGUUCUUCAGCAUCAUCAGCAAAAAGUAGUAAAAAUAAUUCAACUACCGAAGAUGAAGACUCAGAUGAAUCACUGGUUGAUUCAGAUACUGGAUUCCGUAGUAGUCGUAGGAAAUCAUCAUCGAGUCAAGUUAAAAUUAAUCAAACUGUGCGACCGUCAGGAUGUCCAAUGGCAGCUAUGUUAGCUGCUAGAAACAAAAUCAUUGGUACAUUAUCAUCAGCAUCCUCUUCAGCAUCCGCAUCCACAUCUCCAGCAGUAACAUCAUCAUCUGCAACAGCAGCAGAAUCUCAUUCAUCAGUAUCUUCGAUAGGAGCCGAAUCGGCUUUGGCCAUAUCAACAGAAACAACAUUAAAAGAUGAUCUUUUGGCUAUAUUCACAAAGCUUACAAUAAAAGUCAUCCACAGAUUUAACCAAAUUUCAACAAAAGUGCAAAAAUCUAAAACAUUCAGAAUUUUAAGUAAAACAACACAACCGGCCCAUGUGAUAGCCGUAAGCAUUGUUUCAUUUGUUUUGUUGGCCGUAUGGCCAAAUCUACUCGAGAACGAGGAGGCUGCAUUGAAUGCAAAUAAGAGACGUAGUGGUUUAGCAUUGGUUACGUAUCUAGGAGCAUUUGCAACACAUUUUGGUGCACAAAUUUGGAUGACAUUUGUCUCAGGUCUUGCAUUGUACUUUGCUCUACCGCGACACACCUUCGGUCUUUGUCAGCAAAUCCUGUUUCCAAAAUAUUUUGCCAUGAACUCAAUGCUCAGCAUCCUCACCUUGAUACUGUUUAUCAAAGUCAUAGCCGGCCGUUGGGAGUUCUCGUCGUAUGUACAAGUUAUUGCCCUUUCAACUUGUGCUGUCAUUGAAGUCACUGUCCGCCUUUAUUUGGCUCCACCACUCCUACGUUUGAUGCGAGAAAAACACAAGUUCGAGGUCACUGUUGGCAGUGGACAAGAAAUCGGAACACUUGAACCUGGUGACUUAGUCAAAUGCCCCCACUAUCAAGGAAUUCACAAGGCAUUCCGUCGCAUUCAUAUGACAGUUGCCAUGGGCAAUAUGACAGUUUUGGUGUGUACAUUCUUGCAUCUGCAUUAUUUGGCUUCCAAAAUCAGCGUUGGAUAAGAAUGCACAUAGUACACCCACUACCUACCUACAUCAUCCAAGAUAAAAUAAAAGAUGAGUCAAGAAAUCAUCAUUGGAUCCAAAGUAGAUAUUUAGAAGCUCCUAAAUUGGAGUUGACCCAUAGACAAAAAUAUAGAAGAAAAAAUUAAGAUUCCUUCAAAAGAAAAGAGAUUUUAGACAGAAAUAUGUUAACAACAAUCUAAAGACUAACAACGCCAUUCGGGCUAAAAAUAUGAAAUACAUUUCAAGCAUAAAUAAAAUAUUGAAAAUAUUUGAAUUAUGUCUGUGAUAUCUAAGCAAAUUCGGCAAAAGCAGGAACUUUUGUUAAAAAAUCAAGCCGAAUACGAAUUAUAACCCAAAAAAACAAAACCCAAGGGGUUAAGGUUGCACAUGAAACAAAGAAUCAUAUGUAAUGAAUUUUAAAGCCUAUCCCACGCAUUAUUUAUUAAAAUGCCAGAAAAUAUAGAAACAACGUAUGCCCACAUGAUAAUAUUUAAACAAAAAAUAGCAUCCUUCACAUCAUCCUAAUUUAUAAAAUAUGUAUUUUAAAAAAUAUCCCAGCGAAAAUUUUACGAAAAUUAAAAUUUAAUAAACUCAUUUACUUUCAUUUUAAAAAUCAAAAAAAUUAAAAUUAUAAGAUUAUAUAGGUACAUCAUUUUUAAAAUUUAUUAAUAAUUAUAUAAAAAAAAAAACAAAUUUAAUUUUAUUAUUUAUUUUAGAAUUUAUUUAAAUCAUAACAGAAACAAAAGUUAUAAAUUUUAUGUAUGUUUGUAUAAUUGUGGAUCGAAAAAUGUUUUCUUCUCUUGUGUUAAAAUUUGUUUAAAUUCGAAAAAAGCCAAAAAUAAAUAAAUUAAAUUUAAUAAUUAUUAUUGUGUAUGUUCUUGAAUAUUUUAUGCAUGUUUUUAUUUUUAUUUUCAUUUUUAUUUUUUCCGAAUCGAUAUUAAUGUUUUUUAGUGAUGUAUUUAUUGUGUUUUUAUCUAAGUUUGGCAAGAGAAAGAAGGAGACAAAAAGUAUUACUAAAUAUUGUGUUCUGUUUAAGAAAUUGUUUAGAAUAUAAAAUUUAGGUUAUAAGAAAGUUAAAAUUAUUUAAAUUUAGAUAAGAAACUGAGAGAAUCAAAAAGUAAAUGUAUCUCGACUUCCAAGAGUUGAGUGACCAGAAAAUGAAAGAAGAUAUGAAUCAAAAUAUAAAUUAUGGUAACAAAAAUUUAAAAAUUUAA